UAUACUGGUAAUGCCUCAAACAAAGAUCAAGACUAAUGUGCUAAAAAGCCGAUAUUUUCAUAAUGUGUUAGGUGAUAUCUGUGGGCACAUGGUUCGAUAUAUCUUGUUAAACGGCCUCUUGAUGGUAUGUUUCUUAUUUUGGUAUGGAUUAAUAGAGUGUUUGAGGUUUGAUGUUGGGCUGAAUGCGCAUAUUUGAGCUACACCGUGCAGAUAGGUUGGAAAAGAAAGCCAGUGGGAGGAGCUGGAGGGGAUUUGAUGUGGGAUUUAGGAAAGGAAGAGAAAGAGAGAAGUUCCUAACAGUAAGGACUCGGCCAUCAAGGAUGAGACAAGUAUCUUGUACUGAACAGCUGCAGAGUUUUCGUUUUUGCUUGUUACCUCAAGAGAUUUCUACGAUAUAAUUUGUUCCAGCUAACAAAUGGAUUAUUAUCUGAAAACACGAACAGCUUUCUAAAAGAUGGAUUUGAGGUCGACGCAACUCUCUGCACUGACUUGUCUACUCUUUGUGUCGUGCUGUUGUCAUGGUGGAAAUAUCCUGGUGUUGCCCGAGGAUGGCAGUCACUGGGUGAACAUGCAAGUGAUUAUGAGGAAUCUCCACACCCACGGCCAUAGCCUCACAGUGGUGCGUCCGUCUAAAAGUUGGUACAUCCAAGAGAAUUCCUCCCUCUACAACACCAUCACCAUCAACCCAAUGGAGACCGAAGACGUCGGCCCUGACUACUUUAAGAUGUUGAUAGAGAGGUCGCUAGCACUGCAAAGGAUGUCGCCCUUCGUUCGUUUCUUUGAACAACAGAAGGAUAUCACCAAUAUGCUGAAAGUGUUUCACAACGGAGCUCUUCAAAUGAUUUCGGCCAUUUUGGAUGAUGCAUCGCUUGUCGAACGCUUGCGAGAGGCCAAGUUUGACCUGCUUCUAACAGACCCGGCGUUCCCAAUCGGAGUCCUUUUAGCCAAUUUCCUCCACCUUCCCUUGGUUUACAAUGUACGUUGGCUAAAUGCUGGGGAUGCUCACAUGCAAAUCGCUCCAUCACCUCCAUCCUACAUCCCAAUGUAUAAUUCAUUGCUCCACGACCACAUGAGCUUCAUGCAACGGACGGAAAAUGUCGUACGGCAUCUGUUCAGCCUACUUCAGGAGCGAUACAUAAUCGUGCCAAUUUACAGCGAACUGCUUGAGCGCCACUUCCCGCCUGGCACUGAUCUUCUCUCAGUGCAGCAAUCUGCUGACAUUUGGUUGAUGAGAGUGGACUUUGUCUUUGAGUUUCCACGACCCACCAUGCCUAACGUGGUCUACAUCGGUGGCUUUCAAUGUCAGCCGGCUCAAGCCCUUCCCGAGGAUCUGGAAGAGUUUAUGCAGAGCUCUGGAGAGCAUGGAGUAGUCAUCAUGUCUUUAGGAGCUGUGGUCGGUGCUCUCCCUAAAACGAUCACAGAAGCCAUUGCUACAGCCUUUGCUGAGAUCCCUCAGAAAGUCGUGUGGAGGUACCAUGGGGAACGACCCUCGACCUUGGGAAACAACACUUUACUCCUAGAGUGGUUUCCUCAGAAUGAUCUCCUGGGCCAUCCGAAGACUCGCGUGUUUGUAUCUCAUGGCGGCACCAAUGGUAUCUUUGAAGCGAUUUACCAUGGAGUCCCGGUCUUAGCGUUACCGAUCCUCUUUGACCAGUUUGACAACGUUCUGCGGCUGCAGGUCCGAGGUGCGGCUCGAGUGCUUCACGUCGCAACGCUCACGUCGCAAGAAUUCCUCGAAGGCCUCAAAGACGUCCUGGAGAACCCGCUGUACCAAAGCAACAUCCGCAAACUGUCAGAGUUGCAUCGCGAUCGGCCCUUGUCUCCUCUUGAUAGUGCCACUUUUUGGAUUGAGUAUGUCAUGAGACACAAAGGAGCAGCUCAUCUUCGCUCUGAGGCGAAUAAUUUGCCUUGGUACUCGUACCACAACCUAGAUGUGUUGGCAUUUCUACUGGCGUUCACUGCGAUUGCUCUUUUGACCUCAGUAUAUGUCUGCAAGCUUUUGUGUGGCAGGAAGUCAAUCAAAAAGAGGAAGGUGGACUGAACUGAACUUUUGAUAUGCUCUUGUUCUAUAUGUACUUAUUGCAAAACUGGGUGUAACUCAAUUAAAUGUCAUGCAGUUUACAAAAAUCUUUUUCUAUCCAACUACGGUCCAUUCAGGGUUUUCACAUGAAAUCUGAUUUCCCAAGUUAUGAAAUGGCGAAACAUUUGCUGAUAAAUGCAUUCUGGCCGAGGUCAUGGGUUUGAUUCCCAGGGAAUGCAUGCACUGAUAGUCUCAUACAUGGUGAAUACAUACGCUUGUUUCAUUACUG